AUGUCGAGAAGAGACAAAGCUCAUCCUUCAAGCUCCAGGAAGCGUAGCCAGAAAAGUAAUGAUAUUUUGUUACGUAGAUCGGCUGGUAGAAAACCUGUACUUGCUGCUGGUGACGAUGAGAGCUAUGAAGAAGUGCCUCGGCCAUCGCAACCAAAGCGACUUUCCCAUUACCUAGAAAUGUUGUAUGAGAAAAGAGGAUCCAAGCGAGAGGAGGCACUGGCUUCAAUCAUUGAAGUGUUAACUUGCAGAUUAGAGAAUGACUAUCUGGAAGAGAAUUUUGCUACCUUUCUAUACAGAGGAUUAAAUUCCCUAGAAAAAGGUUCUUCUAAAGAGAAGCAGCUAUCACUACAUGUUAUAGGUUUGCUGGCCAUAAUCAUUUGUUGUGAAGAUAAACUCUCUGAAGUAUACAGAGUUUUGCUUCCUGUACUUUCCGAGGGUCUAAAAUCUGGAACCACGACAUUAAAGAUGUUGAAUUGUUUGGCUAUUGUGGGUUUUUUUGGUUCAACUAACUCAGAGGAGACUGAAAGUGCCAUGCAAAUUAUUUGGAAGUUCAUUCAUCCUGAAUCUGUCAAUGACGUCAACACAAAAAAGCAUUCGCCAGAGGUUCUAGUUGCUGCAAUAUAUUCUUGGCUGUUUCUUCUUACAAGCAUGGAGGGAUGGAGACUCAGCCACAACUCUUGGAAUGGGGCCGUUUGCUACUUCUCAAACCUAUUAGAGCACGGUGAUAAAUUAGUGCGUGUAGCAGCUUGUGAAGCGCUGGCCUUAAUAUUUGAAACUGGAAAUCUUGAUAAGUUUUGGAAGGAAGCAAAGGAUCACAGCAACUAUUCACAUAUGCAACAAUCACUGAGAGAAAAUAUUUUAAAGAAAUUAAAGUGUCUUUAUUUGGACACUAGAAGUGAGAAUAUUACAAAAAAAGUCUGCGAAGUUGUGAAUUAUUUUGAGAGUUUUCAAUGUUUGGGAACAUCUUUAACAAUCAAUGGAAAAGAUCUAAAGUUGUCAUCAUGGUAUCAAAUGAUUCAGUUGCAGUUUUUGGAGAAUUUUCUAAAUGAUGGAUUCAAAAUACAUAUGAAGGAAAAUGAGAAACUUCAACAUUUGUUUGAAUUCAAUCCACGUAGAAUAAAGAAUUUAGGUCCAGAACUCUAUGUAUCUACCACUGAUAAGAUUACCGUCCGUUUCUUUUUACCCGAAGAAAGAAAUGCUGAAACACUGACGAAGGAAAAUAAAAAGAAAGAGAGAGUUUGGAGGAAUUCUCUUCUGGAGAAGGCAAGAACACAAUUAAUGAGCAAGCAUCGUCGCAUGUCAGAGGAAAUGAACUGCUGCGACUAUGAUUGA